UUGAAACGCCGUACCAUUUGGCCCUCCACGGCUUACAGAUUGUCAGCACAGUGCAGUUGUGAAACACACUUAAACAUGGCUGCCACCAGAUACCGUCGAUUUCUAAAGCUGUGCGAGGAAUGGCCAAAGGACGAAUCAAAGAAAGGGCGAGAUUUAGGAGCAUUUUUACGCCAAAGAGUCGCUAGUGCUUUCCGAGAAGGCGAAAAUACACAGAUUUCAGAUCCAGAGAAAUGUGAUCAGAUGUAUGAAAGUCUGGCUCGCAUCAACAGUAACAUGUACAAAGAAAAGUUUCCGAGGGCAAAAGAUACAAGUUUUACAGGUGUAACGGUGGAAGAGUGCCGAAUACUAUUGGCAACAGGAAACAUGCAGCACACAGAUGAGGAGAAAAAGGGAUUGUGGAAGACACUAAUGGAGCGCUUCUCCUCCAAACUUGAAGAUGGAACUCCUGAAAAAGCUGAAAAAUAAUCAUCAUAUUGCACUGAUCUUAUUUAUUCCCCUUUGCUCUUUUUCAAAUAAAAGGAUUAAGGUGUGUAUGUAAAUCUUCACUUCUAACAGCUGUAGCUCUCUUCAUGUUGGUCUUUCAUGUUGAUCAUGUCGAACAGAGACUUCCAAGAAGUAAAACUGAUUGUUUUAUUUCAGGGUGUCCGCGGGGUCUUAAAAAGUAUUAAAAGU